AUGUCACCUCUCCGUCGCCUUCCCGUCACCUCACCGUCACCUCCCUGUUGCAUCCCCAUCCUCUCCCCGUCGCCUCCCCAUAACCUACGCAUCGCCUCCCCAUCCCCUCACCGUCGCCUCCCCGUCGCCUCCCCGUCGCCUCCCCGUCGCCUUCCCGUCACCUCCCCAUCACCUCCCCGUCGCAUCCCCGUCCCGUCCCCGUCGCCUACCCGUCGCCUCCCCGUCACCUUCCCGUCGUCUCCUCUUCGCCUUCCCGUAACCUCCCCGUUGCCUCCUCGUCUCCCCCCCCCCCCCCCCUACGUCACCCGCGCCCAGUCCUCCACCCGCACCCGUGAGGCAACCCACGUCCCCCCCCAGAUAGAAGGCCCUGCAGCCUUCCCGUCACCUCCCCGUCACCUCCCUGUCGCAUCCCCGUCCUCUCCCUGUCGCCUCCCCAUAACCUACGCGUCGCCUCCCCCAUCCCCUCACCGUCGCCUCCCCGUCGCCUCCCCGUCGCCUUCCCGUCACCUCCCCAUCACCUCCCCGUCGCAUCCCCGUCCCGUCCCCGUCGCCUACCCGUCGCCUCCCCGUCACCUUCCCGUCGCAUCCCCUUCGCCUUCCCGUAACCUCCCCGUUGCCUCCUCGUCUACCCCCCCCCCCCCCAACCCCCUACGUCACCCGCGCCCAGUCCUCCACCCGCACCCGAGUUCUGCCCCCUGCCCUCCACAGCAGUUCAUUCGGAACUCCCUCGCCCUUCUCCCCAUGAUUCACUCGCUCCUCAUGGCCGCCUUCCAUCCGUUCCUCUCUCCUUGGCCCUUUCCAUUCCUUCCCUGGCCUCUCGGGCCCGUUCCGCGCCAUACGCCAAACUUCUGCCCUCCGUUCUUCUCUCCUGCUGAUUCCAUCUCGUCUCGCUGCGCCUCUCCCUCGGGCCCCUCCACUCCUCUGCCUGCUCCCAUUGUCAAGCUGGCGAGUUGUACGCCUUCUUCCAUCCUCCUUGGCUCGUCUCGUGCCGUCGCUGUCUUUCCGGCGAAGGUGACCACGCGUCUUCCCUCCUGCCACGCUGUCGGUGGUGCUCUGGUGAGCGCUUCUCUCUCUGCUAGCGGCGCAUGUCUGGCGACCGGGACCCACCGCUAG